GCAUGCGCACUGCGGGUUGCGUGGCGUCGUUGUUACCCUCCAUCACUUCCGGGUUUGUGUCGGGUCUGUUUACAUCAGGUGGGAAUCUAAAACCUGUUCCAACACGCGCUGUGAGGUAUUAUUACCAUUAGUAGUAGUAUUAUUAGUAUUAAACAUGUCUCCGGCCGCUGCGCUGCACCAGCAGCUCGCCUCCAUCAUGGAGGUCCUGGCGAACACAGCGGUGGCGGAGAUCUGCGAGCUGGUGGAUGAAGGCUACUCGCUGCUGCAGCUGGAGAUCAGCCGCAGCCGCAAAGAGAACGAUGUGCUGCGGAGGAAACUGCGGCUCACGGAGCUCCGGAACGCCCGGACGAGCGCCGUGCGAGCCGCGGCGGCCACGGCCAGAGGCGCCGCUAGCGGCACCGGGACCACCGCCGCUAGCGGCACCGGGACCGCCGCCACCGCUAGCGGCACCGCGCCGCCUCAGCUACCUGCUCAUCACCUGGGCAACGGGUCCAGGAGAAGCAGAACACCUGCAGGUGAGGCGGCGCGGUCCAGAGCGUCCAACCAGGAGACUCUGCGGUGUGGAGACCCCGAUGCGUCCUCAGAUUCUGGACGUGAUGGCACCCAGGUGACGCCGGCUGCGGGCGAGUCGACCAAACUGACGACCGCAGUCAUCAAAGUGGAGGACGACGAAGAGUCCUGGUCCCAGUCUGAGCAGGACAAAGACUUUUGUUGUGUUGUUGACGAACAAACGACGGAGACAGAAGCCCCGCCCCCGCUGACCAAACAGGAAGUACCGGACGAAGGUGGCGGCUCCUCUCUGUUGUGGGUGAGCGGGGAAGUAAGCUCCACCUCCGUGUCCAUCCAAGAAACCCUCAACACCAGCCAGAGGUCAGACGCCAGCAGUUACGACUGCCUGAUGUACGAGCCACAGCUCCAACAUGGCUCCCUCGAUACCCAGAAUCCUUUGAGUGAGGAUCCGGGCUGCUCGUACAUGUUGAGCACCGGUGCGAGUGUUUUAGCUGCGUCGGAUUCAGGCAGCAGCAGCUUCCCUUUCACCAUCGGCGAGGCGAGUCUGUCCACACCAGAGCACCAGCAGCCUGCAGGUCUCCACAGCAACCAGCAGAGGGCGCCGUUACCCGCAGACGAGUCUCAGCUUCCUGCCAGGAAAGGGAUGACGGAGAGACUCCAUGCUUUCGUCAGGCGGGACAGGUGGAGACCUCAGGAUGGUGUCGGCAGGGAGGACAGCGGUGAGAGGACGUUUGUCUGUAACUGCUGCGGUAAGACUCUGGCCUGCCUGAAAAACCUGAAAACCCACAUGAGGGUCCAUACCGGCGAGAAGCCGUUCGUCUGCGUGCUCUGCGGCAAGCGCUUCUCUGACUCCAGCAACCUGAAGCGCCACCAGAGCGUCCACACCGGAGAGAAACGCUACGGCUGCGUCCACUGCGGGAAACGCUUCGCCCAGUCGGGAUCCCUGAAGGUCCACAUGACCGUCCACACGGACUGCAAACAGUUCAGGUGUUCGUACUGCGGCAAAACCUUCAUCUCCGGCAGCCACCUGCGCCGCCACGUCACCAUGCACGGUGGGGAGUGACCUUUCAGUGACAAAGGUGUGGGAUUAUGGGGUGUGGUGUUGACACUAGGGCUGUCAAAGUUAACGCGAUAAUAACGCGUAAGAUACUGGUAUCAUAUGAAACUAGAAAACCUAAAGAAUCCAUCGGUACCAACCAAUGAGUGAAGGAGGUUAAAUAACGCUCCAAACUUACGCUAAACUUAAAAUUUCACAUGUACUUCAUGAACAUGCUGUACAGUUUACAUUUAUUAGGCUGUCAAAGUUAACAUAUCAAUCAUAUCUCGGACGAGCCCCCCAUUUGUUACGGAGGAGGUUAAAUAACGCUCCAAACUUGCGCUAAAUGUUGGUGAGGAAAAACUGUCAUGGCCAUUUUCAAAGGGGUCCCUUGACCUCUGACCUCCAGAUCAGUGAAUGUAAAUGGGUUCUAUGGG